AUGAAAUUCCCAACAUUGUCUUCAUUGCUACUAGCAUUGCUGCUCAUUGGCACAGUAUGUGCGGCACCGGCACCACUUGAAGACAUUUCUGUUACAUCCAUUGACCUUGUUGAAGAACGCCUCGAUGCCAAGGGUGAUGAGCAUUUAUACGUCACCGUUACUCGUACCGAUGACCUUAUUGAUGAUGAUGGUGUUCUUCUUGCUGAACGAGUGAUGGCUGUUCAAGUGACCUUUGAUGUUGCCGAGAAUCAGCAGCUUCGAUGCAAUGGUGUCCCUGUUGAGAUUGGUGUAUCCAACAUCCAAGUAGAAGCUCAAAUUGCUGCCAAUCCUGAAAAGUUGACGAUUGCUUCAGAGGAGGAUCUUGCAUUACUCGAAGAUAGCUUUGAUAUUGGUCUUGCCACUGUUGAGGUGAAUGCCAUGUUUUUGGAUGAACUCAAGACCGAAGAUGGCAUGUCCUUCCGUCGCAUUGCUGUACAAGAACGUAUCACUGAAAUCAAUGGCGAGCAAGUGGUUCAAACCGAAGCUGGUCAACAAAUCCUCGAUGUCUUUGAAGAUGGUCAACUCAACCGAUGGGCUGUGGAUCCUCUUACAGGCUUCUUGUUGCCAUCCGAAGAAAAUGAUGAUAUCAAAGAAGAGCCUGCUGUGGUACCUGCUGCUGGCCAUUCCAACAAAGGUUGUGCUGGUGCAUUGGUGGAUCCCCUUGUUGACUGGUGGAACGACCAAAGCUUCGUCAUUCAAGGUCUCAUCACUGGUGGUGUUUGCGCUGUGCUCCUUGCCAUUGCCUUUGCCAUUCGUCAAAUGAUUGUGUCAUCGAAUGAUUAUGACCCUGUGGCCGUGGUGGAAACAAACGAGGAAAUCUGGUCAUCCGUGCAACACAAGGGUGGUGAUUAUGAAGAAAAGCGCCCCUUCCUCUCUUAA